AAGCAUGUUUAACAUGCCAGUGGUGUAGACACGGUGCUCCAUGCCUGCAUGUGUGCUUGCUGCGAGUCUGCGUCUGCUACAAUGACCAACAGUGUGGUUGCGACCGACUGCUGCGCGCAUCGAAACAACUGUGCAGUUGCUAACCAAUGACAAUCGGAGGAAAUAUUUCGGAGUAUAGAUUCCCAAGCAGCCGUAUUUAUACACAACCUACACAUCAUCAUCAAACCCUUUUGCAAUGCCUGUCAGAACGCUUGGUUGUCCGUGAGCGAGAAGAUGCGUUGGUAUUCAAAGCCGUAUACCUGUAGGACAAGUCAUGGACUGAACGGGCUUUUGGACUCACUUGUGGAAUUUUAUGCUUGCCCGUGGCACGAUGCCUUAUCUGACUAAACCGCUGUUUUUACUCUUCUGUUUGGUCGUUACUGGGGAAUGCCGUAGGCUUGGACACCGAGUACGGAGAUGGACGGAAACCGUGGAGACGGCAAAGCAUGGACCAGAGACCACAAAGCAUGGCCCUUCCUUGACAAAGAAACCUCCAGAUGUGACCAAGAAUCGCAAGCUGAAGACAGAGCAGCUUCUGAAAGUAGAUGAUCAUGAUUUCACCAUGAGGCCGGCAUUUGGAGGCCCUGCUAUCCCAGUCGGGGUGGACGUACAGGUGGAGAGCCUGGAUAGCAUCUCAGAAGUAGACAUGGACUUCACCAUGACCCUGUACCUGAGACACUAUUGGAAGGACGAGCGUCUGUCCUUCACCAGCUCCACCAAUAAGAGCAUGACAUUUGACGGGCGUCUGGUCAAGAAGAUCUGGGUGCCCGAUGUGUUCUUCGUCCACUCCAAGAGAUCCUUCAUCCAUGACACCACCACAGUCAACAUCAUGCUCAGGGUCUUUCCCGAUGGACACGUUCUGUACAGCCUGAGGGUGACAGUGACAGCAGCCUGUAACAUGGACUUCAGCCGUUUCCCUUUGGACACCCAGUCCUGCUCCCUGGAGCUAGAGAGCUAUGCUUAUACAGAUGAGGACCUGAUGCUGUACUGGAAGAGUGGGGAUGAGUCCUUGAGUACGGAUGACCGUAUCUCCUUGUCUCAGUUCCUCAUCCAGAAGUUCCACACCACAUCUCGGCUGGCCUUCUACAGCAGUACUGGCUGGUACAACCGUCUGUACAUCAACUUCACCCUGCGGAGACACAUCUUCUUCUUCCUGCUUCAGACCUACUUCCCGGCUACCCUCAUGGUUAUGCUGUCUUGGGUAUCCUUCUGGAUCGACCGCAGGGCCGUCCCAGCUCGUGUCUCCCUGGGUAUCACUACAGUGCUCACCAUGUCCACCAUCAUCACUGGAGUCAACGCCUCUAUGCCCAGAGUAUCCUACAUCAAAGCAGUGGACAUCUACCUGUGGGUCAGCUUCGUGUUUGUCUUCCUGUCUGUCCUGGAGUACGCUGCUGUCAACUACCUGUCCACUGCACAGGACCGCAGGGAACGCAAGAUGAGAGACGAGAUGAGGGAAAGGGCCAGGUCACAGUCGCUACCCUGCACCUGUGGCAUGUCCCAGACCAGGACCAUGCUAUUAGACGGGACCUACAGCGAGGCGGACACUAACAGCCUGGCCGGCUACACCUCAGGAACUAUGGGGCCCGAGGAGGACAUGGAUAUGCCCCGCGACAUGAUGACUGAGAAGCAGCCUCCUGGAGAACACACAGUGGUCCACCUGUCUGCUAGCAGCGAGUCAACGACAACCAAGAAGAAAGGCAUCAGGGCCCUCAAUAUUAUCCAGAAUACACACACCAUCGAUAAGUACUCCAGGAUGUUAUUCCCUGGCUCCUAUAUCCUAUUCAACAUAAUCUACUGGUGUUCAUACUGUUUAGGAGCGUAGGGUCUACUGUAUAGGAGCGUAGGAUCUACUGUUUAGGAGCGUAGGAUCUACUGUUUAGGAGCGUAGGGUCUAAUGUUUAGGAGCGUAGGAUCUACUGUUUAGGAGUGUAGGAUCUACUGUUUAGGAGCGUAGGAUCUACUGUUUAGGAGCGUAGGAUCUACUGUUUAGGAGUGUAGGGUCUAAUGUUUAGGAGCGUAGGAUCUACUGUUUAGGAGUGUAGGAUCUACUGUUUAGGAGCGUAGGAUCUACUGUUUAGGAGCGUAGGAUCUACUGUUUAGGAGCGUAGGGUCUAAUGUUUAGGAGCGUAGGGUCUAAUGUUUAGGAGCGUAGGAUCUACUGUUUAGGAGCGUAGGAUCUACUGUUUAGGAGCGUAGGAUCUACUGUUUAGGAGCGUAGGGUCUACUGUUUAGGAGCGUAGGAUCUACUGUUUAGGAGCGUAGGAUCUACUGUUUAGGAGCGUAGGAUCUACUGUUUAGGAGCGUAGGGUCUAAUGUUUAGGAGCGUAGGGUCUAAUGUUUAGGAGCGUAGGAUCUACUGUUUAGGAGCGUAGGGUCUACUGUAUAGGAGCGUAGGAUCUACUGUUUAGGAGCGUAGGGUCUACUGUUUAGGAGCAUAAGAUCUACUGUUUAGGAGCAUAGGGUCUACUGUAUAGGAGGAGCGUAGGGUCUAAUGUUUAGGAGCGUAGGGUCUAAUGUUUAGGAGCGUAGGGUCUACUGUUUAGGAGCGUAGGGUCUAAUGUUUAGGAGCGUAGGGUCUACUGUAUAGGAGCGUAGGAUCUACUGUUUAGGAGCAUAAGAUCUACUGUUUAGGAGCAUAGGGUCUACUGUUUAGGAGCGUAGGGUCUACUGUUUAGGAGCGUAGGAUCUACUGUUUAGGAGCGUAGGGUCUAAUGUUUAGGAGCGUAGGGUCUACUGUUUAGGAGCAUAAGAUCUACUGUUUAGGAGCAUAGGGUCUACUGUUUAGGAGCGUAGGGUCUACUGUUUAGGAGCGUAGGAUCUACUGUUUAGGAGCGUAGGAUCUAAUGUUUAGGAGCGUAGGGUCUACUGUUUAGGAGCGUAGGAUCUACUGUUUAGGAGCAUAAGAUCUACUGUUUAGGAGCGUAGGAUCUACUGUUUAGGAGCAUAGGAUCUACUGUUUAGGAGCGUAGGGUCUAAUGUUUAGGAGCGUAGGGUCUACUGUAUAGGAGCGUAGGAUCUACUGUUUAGGAGCGUAGGAUCUACUGUUUAGGAGCAUAGGAUCUACUGUUUAGGAGCGUAGGGUCUAAUGUUUAGGAGCGUAGGGUCUACUGUAUAGGAGCGUAGGAUCUACUGUUUAGGAGCGUAGGAUCUACUGUUUAGGAGCGUAGGGUCUACUGUUUAGGAGCGUAGGAUCUACUGUUUAGGAGCAUAAGAUCUACUGUUUAGGAGCGUAGGAUCUACUGUUUAGGAGCAUAGGAUCUACUGUUUAGGAGCGUAGGAUCUACUGUUUAGGAGCGUAGGGUCUACUCUAUAGGAGCGUAGGGUCUACUGUUUAGGAGCGUAGGAUCUACUGUUUAGGAGUGUAGGAUCUACUGUUUAGGAGCGUAGGGUCUAAUGUUUAGGAGCGUAGGGUCUACUCUAUAGGAGCGUAGGAUCUACUGUUUAGGAGCGUAGGAUCUACUGUUUAGGAGCGUAGGGUCUAAUGUUUAGGAGCGUAGGGUCUACUGUUUAGGAGCGUAGGGUCUAAUGUUUAGGAGCGUAGGAUCUACUGUUUAGGAGCAUAGGAUCUACUGUAUAGGAGCGUAGGAUCUACUGUUUAGGAGCAUAGGAUCUACUGUUUAGGAGCGUAGGAUCUACUGUUUAGGAGCGUAGGAUCUACUGUUUAGGAGCGUAGGGUCUAAUGUUUAGGCGCAGUAUUGGCCCUGGUCAAUUGUAGUGCACUAUCUAGGAAAUAGGGUGCCAUUUGGGAUGCAUACUAUGUUCAUCAAAUGAAUGUGUUUAACACACUCAUCAAGGACAAGAGAGGCUGCAGUUGGUGUUUACGUGGACAUUUGGUACUAAUGGCUAAUAUUUAGGAUAUGGACUUUUGACUGUGGCACUGGCCUAUAUGAGACUGAUCUAUACUGAAAAAAUAUAUAAAUGAAACAUGCAACAAUUUCAAUAAUUUUACUGAGUUACAGAAAUCAACCAAUUGAAAUUAAUUUCUUAUAUCCUAAUCUAUGGAUUUCACAUGACUGGGCAGGGGCACAGCCAUGGGUGGGCCUGGGAGGGCAUAGGCACACCCCCUGGGGAGCCAGGCCCAGCCAAUCAGAAGGAGUUUUUCUCCACAAAAGGGCUUUAUUUCAGAUAGAAAUAUUCCUCAGUCCCAUCAGCUGCCUGGGUGGCUGGUCUCAGAUGAAGAAGUUGGAUGUGGAGGUCUUGGGCUGGCGUGGUUACACGUGGUCUGCGUUUGUGAGGCCAGUUGGACGUACUGCCAAAUUCUCUAAAACGAUGGUGGAGGCGGCUUAUGGUAGAGAAAUGAACAUUAAUUUCUCUGGCAACAGCUCUGGACAUUCUUGCAGUCAGCAUGACAAUUGAACGGUCCCUCAAAACUUGAGACAUCUGUGGUAUUGUGUUGUGUGACACAACUUCACAUUUUAGAGUGGCCUUUUAUUGUCCCCAGCACAAGGUGCACCUAUGUAAGUGUCAUGCUGUUUAAUCAACUUCUUGUUUUGCCUGUCAGGUGGAUGAAUUAUCUUGGCAAAGGAUAAAUGCUCACAAACAGGGAUGAUAUUUGUGCAUAUGGAAUAUUUCUGGGAUAUUUUAUUUCAGCUCAUGAAACAUGGGACCAACACUUUACAUGUUGCAUUUAUAUUUUUGUUCAGUGUAUAUGGGUCUGUGCUUACUAUGUAUAUUAAGGUAAGUGUGACUCACGAAGGAUGAAAGAGGUGGCGAGCAUCUGAGAGACAGAGACUGAGUUCUAUGUGGAUAUUUGGCACAGAUGACGAGAGAGAGAGAGAGAGAGAUGUUCUUCAUCAUCCCACUCUAGCUUUUGUGAAUUCCUCUUAAUGUAUUCCACAGCGUGAUUGAUUGCUCUGCAAGUACGUAUCAGAGGUUGUUUAAAAAUGAUUUUGUCCACAGAAGUCUUUUGUACAAAUGUACAGUAUGUCUACAAUGUUGUUGACUUUGCAUUCAGGUCUAUUUGACCAAGUACCAGUUCAGCCUGGUGGUGGAGUAUAAUAGUUGUGUGUCAAAUGUAGUGAACGGCAGUAAAUAGAGAACAUGAUGCCAUUAGGGACACACACGAUGACUGUACAGUAAAUUGCUCUGGAUUAGAGCGUCUGCAACAUACAGUACCAGUCAAAAGUUUGGACACACCUACUCAUUCAAGGGUUUUUCUUUAUGUUUACUAUUUUCUAUGUUGUAGAAAAAUAGUGAAGACAUCAAAACUAUGAAAUAACACAUAUGGAAUCAUGUAGUAAUCAAAAAAGUGUUAAACACAUCAAAAUAUAUUUCA